AUGCGUUCUCCAUAUGCUGAUCUGGAUGCCCAGCAGACCCACGUCCCAGCGUCCUCCUGCCCCUCAGAGGUGCCUAGCCAUGCCCUGUCCCCAAGCCCCUCCUCUCAGGGACUGAGCCCAGGCACCUGGGAAUCAGGGCGCCCAGAGCCAGGGUCCCCGCCAUCCCCACUGCACCCGGAUCUGCAGCCUGGUAGGAACCCCCGCCAGUCGGUGCUGGCACGGCCGGGGCACUGUCUGUGGGGCGGUCCGCGCCAGGGGUCGGGUAUCCACCUGCAGUCCGCCUGUGAAGCCUGCGCCCCCAGCCCCGGGGGUCACAGCGCGGCUCGAGCUCCCCCUGCUGGUUCCAGUGCUGCACCGCGUCCUCGCGGGCCCGGGUCCAGGCUCGCCCCGCCCACCCCGGCUGCAGCGGAUAGGCCGCCCGGGCGAGCGCGGCCCGCGUGCGCACCUGUGCGGGUGACACGGUCCACACCGCGUCCUGGUGCUGCCCACCCAGCCUCCAGCGAUGCUCCUGUCUGCAGCGAUGCUCCUGUCACCCCGGUGGAAACGGGGUGGAGGAGACCCGAGUUUGUGAUAGAUCCCGGGCCCGAGAGGUGCGGUUCCGGCGACCCCGGCUAG